ACCGGAAGUGAUGUCAGAGGAGCGGCGCUGAGUUCUCGCGAGGUCUGCCGAGAUCUCCCUCUUUCUCCUGCAGCUGCCGACAUGCCUUCCAAACUAAGAAAGACUAGGAAGCUUCGUGGACAUGUCAGUCACGGCCAUGGCCGUAUUGGCAAACACAGAAAACAUCCUGGUGGCCGUGGUAAUGCUGGUGGUAUGCAUCAUCACAGAAUAAAUUUUGAUAAAUAUCACCCUGGAUAUUUUGGCAAAGUUGGUAUGAGACAUUACCAUCUGAAGAAGAAUCAAUCCUUCUGUCCCACCAUCAACUUGGACAAACUGUGGACUCUCGUUAGUGAGCAAACAAGGCUGAACUACUCAAAGAACCCUGCUGGUCCCGCACCGGUCAUCGAUGCUGUGCACGCUGGGUAUUACAAGGUGCUUGGAAAAGGAAAGCUCCCUAAGCAGCCAGUGAUCGUCAAAGCAAAGUUCUUCAGCCGAAGAGCAGAAGAGAAAAUCAAAGGUGUCGGCGGUGCUUGCGUGCUGGUUGCUUAAAGAUUUAAUACUCCCAAUAAAAAUUUGUUCUUUACAUUG